AUGAAGUGUUCAUUUGGUAAACAGUCCGGGACAAUUUCCUUUUUUAGUAUGGAAUGUUUCCUAGAAUUACUGGAUGCGCUAGAAGAAGAAAAGAUGACGGUAGUCGGUUCGGAAGAUCAUCAAUCCAGCAGUAGAUCUGAUGCGAAUAAAACCUGCUCUAAGCAAACACGCUAUAUGAGAGUUAUUGAAAGACGACGACUGAACAGAUCUAAGGAAAGGCGUCGGCGUCGUGAAAAUCAAGCAAAAAAUCUGAUGAUCAAACAACCACUUAGUUUCGCCUUGCAAAUAUACAUCGAUUUCGGAUUUGUGCAGCGUAUGAGUGAUAAGGAAGUAGGUAAACUAGUUCGGCAAAUGGGUCGUGUUUGGGGUCUCCAAAAGAAGAGUCCUGGUUUGCAGGUUACACUUCUUUCACCAGAUGAACGCUUUUUGUGUGAAGGACGUCGGAAAAUAUCUGGUUUCGAUCAUUUCAAUUGGGUCAUUUCCAAUAAAAGUAUAGAUGAAUUUGUUACUGAAUGUCAUAUGGUGUAUUUGAGUCCAGAUUCACACCUUAAUGCAUUGCUAGAUGUGAAACCUGACGAAGUGUAUGUUAUUGGUGGCCUCGUGGAUGAAACUGGAGUUGGAUCGUUGUCAUAUUGUAGAGCAGAAGAAUUAGGCUUGGAUGCUCGACGAUUACCAAUACAAGAAUUUCUUCAUCGACGUGAUAAUGGAACAUUCAAUGUGAUGCUCACAAUUAAUCAAGUUGUUGAAAUCCUUGUGCGUUACGUCUACUCAAAAAAUUGGACUGAAGCACUUUCAGUUCUACCUAAGCGGAUAGGCUAUGAAGUCGUGAAUUCACCAAUUUAA